UUCUUCCAGUUAUCUCCUGAUAAGACAUAUGUGUUUAGUCACUCUGCACAUGCUCAGUUUGGUCUGUAUUGCUUGAGAGAUUUUUUUUCUUGGGAGAGUGCACGUGAUCAGCACAGGGACACUCAAUACUGUCCAGACAGAGGUCAGGGGUUCUGCAUCCUCCUGGAGCAGAAUGAAAUCUCCUCCUACAAGCUUUAACAUGUUCUCUGCUGGACACUGAUAGAAGUCACAAAACUGCUCUAACUGCUGAUGAGAAAAGGUGUUUAGCAGUUUAUAUUUACUAAAAUAAGUGCAUUUCCAUGUUCUGUGUACUGUGGGAGACCAGAUAUAGUGAAUGCAGGGUCCUGG